AUGAACGCUUCUCUCCGACGACGUUUCAGCUGGCUCGUUGACGUUCUUUCGAUAGGAGAGGAGCGUUUCGUCGGCUCCACCCGUCGUCCUCUAGUGGGUAGCAUAGUUUCUUCUCUCGACGCUCGCGGCAAGCCGUUUGACGUUCCGGUCGCAACCGCAGUCUGUCUGUCGUCAGCGGCGACGCCUCGUUCCGCGAGUCAAAGUCUUGCCGAGAGCCGCGCACGGUCCUCACACUUCCGGCACGCGGUCUUUAGCUCGGUCCCGGGUCACUGCACGUGGUCGAUUCACUCGGCACAGGUCUGCAUGCAUCCACGCCACACUCGCGGGCGGCGCGGGGCGGGCGGACGGUUCGGCGGCGCAGGACGGGAUGAGAGCGCCUUUCGGUUGCAGCUCCGCGUGGUGCGCGCGUUCAAGUCUACGCUCGAGGACCUCGAGGAGCGCUUGUCAGCGCACUCGGCGGCCGGCCUUCGCUCGAGGCUGCGCGCGCCGGCGCAGGACAUCGCCUACAUCGACGCCGAUGACGUACCCGCCGCCGACCGUACUUAA